AUGUCCGACUAUGGUGGAGGAGGAGAUGAUGAUUAUGAUGGAGGAAUGAACGAUACCUUUGACGAGCCAUUGCCCGAGGACGAGGAUCCCGGGUACGACCUCCUUAAUGGAGAACAACAAGGAGAGGAUGGCCAGGCGGCCGGAACGGGUGCGAUGGAUGUAGACAGGGAACCGGUUGAUCUGGGUGUAGUGGAGCAGCAACGGCAACCCAACAAAGAGCGAAUUACAACAAGGUACUUGACCAAAUAUGAGAGGGCCAGAAUUCUGGGGACAAGGGCGUUGCAGAUUAGUAUGAACGCCCCUGUACUCGUUCCCCUUGAUGGCGAGUCGGACCCACUACAGAUCGCGAUUAAGGAGCUUGCGCAGAAAAAAAUACCGCUCGUUAUUAGGAGGUAUCUUCCUGACGGAAGUUUUGAGGAUUGGAGCGUAUCGGAACUCAUUGUUGAGUAA